AUGGGCAUUCAGACGCGUGCCACUUCUUCGGGUUAUAUUGAUCCCAGCUUCCCCAAUCCCGGCGGUAGAUGGGAUACCUACGUCAUCAUAUACGGCUACACACCAGCAUUUUCGCUUGCAAUCUUCGCUGCCGCCUGGUUCGCUCUCUUCCUCGUCGUCCACCUUAGCCAAGCGAUACGCCACCGCAGCUGGUACUUUAUCACUUUCCCCGUGGGUUUGCUAUUCGAAGUCAUCGGUUACAUUGCGCGUUCGCUCUCGGCAAAGAAGGAUCCGUACAACUUGAUCUACUUCAUCAUUCAGUAUUUCUUCAUCGUCACGGCACCAGUAUUUCUUGCCGCAGGUGUCUACACAAUAUUGUCCGCGGUUAUUGCCAGAGUCGAGUCGGGACGCCGGUACGCCUUCCUCUCACCAAAGGCCAUAAUAUGGUUUUUCGUCGUUUCCGACGUCAUCUCCACGAUCCUGCAGAUCACCGGCGCUGCCCUCAUUGGCGUGAAGCAGUCCAAACGCGAAGAUCCGACCACAGCGAAUAACAUCUUGCUGGGCGGCCUGGCAUAUCAAGUCUUCUCGUUGGGUAUCUUCCUCAUAUUGACCAUCACAUUCCUCCUUCGUGGACACCGAGCCAUCGCCAAGGCAGGCUUCAUGUGCUUCUACUCGGUCCUGCUGGCAGCAACAGUCUUAGUGUACCUGCGUACAUGUUUCCGCCUUGCAGAGACAGCCGAAGGACUUGGUGGAUCUCUAUAUUCGAGCGAGAUACUGUUUGCGUGUCUUGAGUUCGCUCCAGUUGCACUUACCGUCCUUCUCUUCGCUGUGUGGCAUCCAGGGAGAUGCGUUGGAAGAAAAAUGGUUCCUCGAGAUAGCCUGCCGAGGAAGUCAAAGACACCAGCUUCGUUCCCGUGA